UGCUGGACUCCGUCGACAUGGUUCCGGACUCCGUCGACAUGGUGCCGGACUCCGUCGAGUCUCUGUGUUCUCGCUGCGGCACGCUCCACGUUGUUGGUGGCGUAUUAGGAAGAGAUGCUUGCUACGAAGCUCGCCGGAAUGCUCGGAGGUGUGGCCGUUGUGGCCUUCUUCACGAAGAAUAUGAUAUCCCAGUGAAGUUCCUCCAUCUAAUGGACAAGUUCGAUUGCGAGUUCUACAUUCCUGAUGUCGAUAAACUGGUUAUGAGAGGUUCAAGCAUCUACGUGACUGAUGAAGUGCUGGAGAAGGUGGAGGCACACAUCAGGAAGAUGCAAGCAAAAACCAACAACGAUGAAGAAAAAACCAGCACAAAUGAAGAAAAAAACAGCAAGGAAGAGUAGCAAGUGCCUCGGCUAGCAAUGAAGGUUCACAAGGGAUUUGCAAUGGCAGCCUAUCUUCCCUAUCUAGUUUUUCUUUCUGAAUGUGAGGAAUCUUAAUUUUGUUGCAACCUUUUAUCUUCAUUGCUUCCUUCAAAACAGUUUGUAGUGUCACAAAGAUCCUAUUUGCUCUCCAUGGAUUGUACUCCAAAAAUGACUGCAAAAACAUGAGAGAAAGAAAUUAGAUCAUUUAAGCAGUCUUUGUUGUAAUGAGACAA